CCCUCACUCACUACAUCCCCUUGACGCUUCACAUCUGUUUCUCUGCUUAGUUGCAGAGCAAACAACAACAAUGGCGAAACUACAUCUCGCUUUCUCUCUCUUAAUCAUCCAUUUCUCUCUCCUCCUUGCUUCCACGAAUCCAGACGCGGAAGCUCUAAUGGCGUUCAAAUCAGCUUCGGACACAUCCAACAAGCUCACCUCCUGGAACGCCACCACCGAUCCUUGCACUUGGUACGGCGUUUCGUGUCUGCGAGACCGAGUCUCUCGACUCGUCCUCGAAGGUCUCGACCUGGUCGGCACUUUCCAACCACUCACCUCUCUGACUCAGCUCCGAGUUCUGAGUCUGCAGCGAAACCGCCUCUCAGGUCCCAUCCCCGAUCUCUCUAACCUCACCGCACUCAAACUCCUCUUUCUCGCCUACAACGAUUUCUCCGGCAACUUUCCGUCUUCCGUACCGCCGCUCUUUCGGCUGUACCGCCUCGAUCUGUCGUACAACAACUUGUCAGGUCCGAUUUCGGCCACGGUCAAUCGUCUGACACACCUCCUCACUCUGCGGCUCGAAGAGAACCGGUUAUCCGGCUCGAUUUCGUGGAUGAACCUCCCGAAUCUGCAGGAUUUCAACGUCUCCGGCAAUAUGCUCACCGGCGAAAUACCGAAAAGUUUGUCGGGUUUCCCGGAAUCCGCAUUCGCUAAGAAUCUGGUUCUAUGCGGUUCGCCUCUGAAGGAAUGCGAAACGGUCUCUAGUGACCCGACUCGACCCGGAUCAUCCGGGGCCAUUGCUUCGCCAUUGAACCCAGCCACCAACCCGACUGUAGUAGCUUCCUCGCCAAGCUCAAUAUCUCCGCCGUUGAAGCCAGCACACAAUCGAGCUGCUAAAUCAGGCAGUAUAAGUAAUCGGGCCAUAUUCGCCAUCAUAGUCGGCGACAUUUUGGUCCUCGCCGUUGUGUGCCUCCUCCUUUACUGCUAUUUCUGGCGAAACUACGUCGCAAAAAGGCGGGACAGCAACAAGAGUUCGCAAAUUCGCGACGGAGAGAAGAUCGUGUAUUCGUCGAGUCCGUACCCGGCCCAGCCCGGGUUCGAGAGGGGUCGGAUGGUGUUCUUCGAGGGGGCGAAGAGGUUCGAGCUGGAGGACUUGCUCCGAGCCUCGGCGGAGAUGCUGGGGAAAGGCGGGCUGGGGACGGCGUACAAGGCGGUGCUGGACGACGGCUACAUCGUGGCGGUGAAGAGGCUGAAGGAGGCGAAUAUUGGUGGGAAGCGUGAGUUCGAGCAGCACAUGGAGGUUUUGGGGCGUUUACGACACCCUAACGUCGUUAGCUUGAAGGCUUAUUACUUUGUGAGGGAUGAGAAGCUAUUGGUCUACGAUUUCAUGCCUAACGGCAACUUGUUUUGGCUUCUUCACGGGAACCGGGGACCGGGACGAACCCCACUAGACUGGACAACAAGGCUAAAGAUUGCUGCCGGAGCAGCUCGUGGACUGGCUUUUAUUCACAACUCAUGCAAGUCUCUUAGACUCACCCACGGCAACAUCAAGUCUACAAACAUCCUACUCGACACCGGUGGCAAUGCACGUGUCUCCGACUUCGGACUCUCGGUCUUUUCAACUCCGUCCACCACUCCAAGAUCCAACGGCUACCGUGCGCCGGAGGCAUUGGACGGCCGGAAAUCCACCCAUAAAUCAGACGUGUACUCAUUCGGGGUGUUGUUGCUGGAGCUGCUCACCGGAAAGUGUCCCUCCGUGGUGGAGAGUGGUGGGCCGGGGGCGGGAUACGGUGGGGUCGUGGACCUCCCGAGGUGGGUGCAGUCGGUUGUGAGAGAGGAAUGGACGGCUGAGGUUUUUGAUCUGGAGCUGAUGAGGUACAAGGACAUUGAGGAGGAGAUGGUUGGGUUGUUGCAGAUUGCAAUGGCUUGUUCCUCGGCUUCGCCUGAUCAACGGCCCAGAAUGAGCCAAGUCAUCAAGUUGAUAGAGGAGAUACGAGGGGUGGAGGUGUCACCAUCUCAUGACGCUGUCGACUCGGUCUCGGACUCUCCCUCCGUGUCUGAAGACACUUGCGGACCGAGUCAUUGAUAACGAUUUAACCCAAACUGAGCGGAUUUUAUUCGUGAAAGAACUGUUGAGAAUUCUGUAAAUUUGUUCUUUUACUUACUUGUCCCUUUUCUUUCAUUUUCUUUUUUGAAAUUAAAAUUUUCUUGGAUUAGCGAAUUAGUUUUUGCUUGGCGUUAAUUCAGUUUUUUGUCCCUUCA